GUGAAAAUUGUUAAAAAAAUUUUCAAAUUUAUAAUUAUUUUUUUGAAUAUUAUAGUUAUAGUUAAGUAAUGUAUUGAAUAAUGUAAUUGAAUAAUGUGUGAAUAUAGCCUAUAUAGAUUUUUCAACAAUGUACAUAUAUAUAGCGUACGCGAUUUCAGUACUAUGUGUGAUUGCAUGUGUAACGGAUUUGUGAUAUGUGAAUGUAUUUGUUUGUAAACAAUACUUAUUAUGUACAAUUUAAUGUUUUAGAAUAUGAAAUAAUAUGAUUCCAGAAAUGAUAAAAAAAAAUAUAGUAAACAAAAUGAAUGAUAAUAAAAAAAAUGACUUUUAUGAAAUGGAAAAAUGUAGUAAAUGGAUUGAUACACAUAAUUUAAAUAAGGUUUGUCUACAAUUUCCUGAUAAUCUUUUAUCAGAUUCAGUAGAAAUUGCAUUACGUUUAGAAAAUUAUAUUAAUAAAAAAGUAUAUAUUUUGGGAGAUACUUCUUAUGGUAGUUGUUGUGUUGAUGAAAUAGCUGCUCAACAUAUUAAUGCAGAUAGUAUAAUACAUUUUGGUCAUGCUUGUUUAAAUCCUACUACUCGUUUACCUGUAUUUCAUGUGUUACCCAAACAAGAAAUUGAUAUAAUAGAAAUUACUAAUAAAUUUAAAUUAAAUUUUAUUGAUCAAUUUGAAAAAAUUUUAUUUUUUUAUGAUAUUGCUUAUGCACAUAAAAUUGAAAAUAUAUAUAAAAUAUUAAAUCCUAUUUAUAAGAAUUUAGUCUUUACUUCAUUAAAUUGUACUUCUAAUGUAGAAUUUACAGAUAAUAAAGAUAAUUCAUCUACAAUAAUUUUAGGUAGAUGUUUUAAAUUAGAUACGGAAUAUAAAUUAGAAGAUUAUAUAGCAUUUUUCUUGGGAAAUGAUGGAAGGACAUUUAUUACAUUAGCAAUGACAAUUUCAGCAAAAAAAUGGUACUAUUUUGAUAAUAAUAUUAUUGAAUAUAAAAUAUUAAAUACUUCGUGGUUAAAAAGAAGAAGAUUUGUAAUUGAAAAAUUAAAAGAUGCCAAAGUUGUUGCUAUAGUUGUAGCUACUUUAGGCAUUAAAGAUUAUCUUAAAAUAAUAACAAUGAUUAAAGAUAUUUUAAAAGAAAAAAAAAAAAAAUCAUACAUUUUAAGUGUUGGUAAAAUCAAUCCUGCAAAACUUGCUAAUUUUCCUGAGAUUGAUGCAUUUGUUGUAAUAACAUGUCCCGAAAAUGAAAUAUUUGAUUCUAAAGAAUUUUUAAAACCAAUAUUAAUGCCUUAUGAAGUAGAAUUAGCAUUUAAUAUUUCAAGAGAAUAUUAUACACAAUAUUGUAUGGAUUUUAGACAAAUACUUCCUGGAGGAAUUAAUUAUAUUGAUUUUAAAACAUCAACUGAUUCAGAUAUUUCUUUAAUUACGGGAAAUCUUAGAAACUAUGAUGAAAGUGCAUAUAUAAAUAAGAUGAAUGCUUUAGUAAUUAGUAACACAUCAGAUAUUGUUGCAAUUGGAAAAGCAGGAGCAGAAUUUUUGAAUAAUAGAUCAUGGAAAGGAGUUGAACAACGAUUAGGCAAAGAUGCAGUACAUGCAGCAGAAAUUGGUCGUUAUGGUUUACCAAAUUGUUAUAAAAAUGAACCUAUUCUACAAAAAAAAAAUGAUGAAUAGAUGUAAUAAAUGUAAUAGUUUUCAUGCAGUAAUACAAUUUUAUUUAAAAAAGAAAA